AGAAACCUGCGACCAUUUAAAUCUGUCCGGAUUAUGUUAGUUUAGUUUCGGUUAUACGGUUUGUUGCGACGGGAAAGUUGAAGGCACCCUUAGUUGUAACUCAGGAGAUGAGCGCCUGGGAACGCAAGUAUGUUCGGCUUUAAAGAGUGAUCGUCAGGAGACUCAGGACACUAUCGAAUAGACGGUCAAGCGAGUAGGACACGAAUGUAGCAGUACAGUGCCUGGAUAGCUGUAGUGAUAAAACGCGUGUGUUUAUUCAUCAUAUUACGAACCACACGAAGACGUAACACCGUUGAAAGUGUCGCACUGAGUUGGAUAACGAGCUUAGUUUAAACCAGAUUGUGUUGUGGGUUGAGUUAAGAUCGGGAAAAUGGGAAACCUUCUUUGGCUUUUCGGUUUGCUCUGUGGCUCGCUCGUAGUGCUGAUCAAUGGAGAAUUUAUAGAGAAAUCACAGUAUCACCGUAUGCCGAAACUCUGGCAGAUGGAUGAUUAUGACCAAUGUCUCGAAUCACCCGGUCCGGGCGAACCUCCGGGCGUGUACUGUGGUUUGUCCAUCGUACUGAAGCCCAACAACCAGUCUGAGCUUUGGAAGCUGAUUGAGGAGUUUUCCAGCGACUAUAAGCGCCACUAUAACCAUCAAGUGCUGAAGCGAGGCGUCUGUAUUAAAAAGUGUCAAAAAGCGAUUGAAAAGCUCUCACCAGCGGAAAGAAGUGCAUUAACGGUGGAGCCAUUCCCGAUUGAUGUUCGGUACAAAUUCAAUGAUGGCAUACUGAAAGACAUUCCUACGUACAGAGCGGCUUAUAAAAAUGUUCUGGAAAUUUGCGUCAAUAAGGAGCUUAACGAUACGUACGGUUUGGUCGCUCAUACCGAGAUACUUUCGUGUGACAAAUCCACCGAUGAGGUUGUUAUAGAUGCACUUGAUAUGUCCUUCCUCAUCGUUCUAUGCGCGCUUGUAUGUUUUGUGACGCUUUCCUCCUGGUACGAUAGCUCGAUCAACUAUAAACGAACCUCCGACCACUACCGACAACCGUUGGACAGCAAACGUAAAAUGGUUUGGGUGUCCUUCUCUAUUCAACGCAACUGGUACCGGCUAACGUCGCGAUCGCGCGAUGAACUAAACCAAAAGCUGCGCUUCUUCCAGGCGUUCCGAUUUCUCACAAUAACGUUGAUAAUUUUUGGUCAUUUCACUAUGCUGCUUUCUGUUUCACCGACCACCGAUACGGAGAAGCUCGAGAGAAUAAUGCACAACGUAGGCAGCAUGAUACUCACCAACGGUGGACAGAUCACACAAACGUUUCUUGGCAUGAGUGGCGUACUGUUGGCUAUAAAAUUUUGCAGCUUUGUCGAGAAGCGAAAGGGAAAAGUCAGCUUCCUUUCCGUUCCAUAUGAGAUCCUCUAUCGUUACGUAAGGUGAGAAUAUUUUUUAUUAAAUAACGUAUAUUUUUAAUAAUGUAGUUCAUAAUAUAAUUUAACAUA